AUGUUAACGUUAAGUGAGAUCUAUAAGUUCAUUAUGGAUCGGUUCCCAUACUAUCGCAAAAACACUCAGCGCUGGCAAAACUCUCUCCGACACAACUUGUCAUUCAACGACUGCUUUAUUAAAGUCCCGCGAAGACCAGACCGACCGGGAAAAGGCAGUUAUUGGGCACUUCACCCGACUUGCGGUGAUAUGUUUGAAAACGGAUCCUUCUUGAGAAGAAGAAAACGCUUCAAACUUCCCAAACAUAUGCGAGACAUCGAAACGGCACAGCAGGCCAUGAAUGAGUUCAAACAAAUGGAGGCAUUGGAGGCACAGAACUCAAUACAAGAACAGGCGAAGAUGCGAUUGACAGCACUGGCAGCCGCUCCCAGUCAUCUCCAGACUCACAUGCACUCAGACAUCGGUCACAGUAUUCAUCAAAAUCCAUACAAACAGUCCUUUUCUAUCGAACACCUCAUCGGACCGGAAAAGACCAAAGAAUCCAAUUCACAGAUAUCUAUGGCUCAGCACCAGUUGGCUGUGGCUCAGGAACAGGCGGCCGCUGCGGUCAGGGCUGCCCUUCACGCGGCUUCCACGGGAUCGCUGCUCUCUGCACAAGGUUUCAGACCCGGUUUGCCCGCCUUUCCCGGCGCUGUAACUAUGCCUCCGACCUCAAUGUCUUGGACUCCGCCAUACACUACAUCGUCAGCGAUGGCAGUGGCGGCGGUGGCGGCCGCUUCACUACAGUCUCACUUUGGUUCCAAUGGCUGUUCAAUGGGCUCAACACCGCUCGCACUUCAGGCAGAUUACCCUCAUUUGCUGUCAAUGAAUAGCGCGGCGAUGGCGUUAAGACAUGGGCUCACAAAUACCUCAAACAAUUCACUCAACUCUUUUAACUUCAGUUCAUUACCGGUUAGACAAAACUUUUUGCCGGCUUUGCAUCACUUCCCGAACUUCGCUGCGGCGGCGGCCGCUCUGGAGGCUCACGACCAAACAGCCGCUCUCCUCAGUGCCGCCGGCUCUGCAAACCUGACGCCUCCGCCCAACUGUUCGCCGUCACCACCAGUUCGAGUCGAUUCCGUCUCCAGUGAUGUCUCCGCAAAGUCUUUGGAUGUGGUUUCGGACGAGUCGUCGAAAUGA